AUGUCAAAAUCCAUCUACCAUUCUCAUCUAUCCUCAUCAGCAGUAGCAACACCUGAUACUGAAAUUCCAAUACUAAUGGAAAGUAACACUGACCAUCGACGUCCAUCAACAUUAAGUGAUAGGCGUCUUAAUAACGUUAAUUAUGUUCGACAUGUUCUACGAAGAUUCUUUGGUGGUUCGAAUAAGAAAUCAUCGCCAUUGUCAGGUAUCGAUGAUAGUCCUUAUGAACAACCACCGACAUGUAGCAUUUAUCCGGAGGAUUCAUUAUCUCCCAUAUUAAUUCAUCCAGCAUUGCAAUAUGAUAAACAUACGAAGUUUUCCGGCGAAUUAUUACUCGAUUGGUUGAUGGUUCAUUUCGAAGGCCGAGGAGAGCCGCCGACAUUAAAACAAGUUUUAGCAAAAUGCUGUAAAUGUCUCAUAUCUCUUGGUGUACUUCGAACUGAAACUGAUCAAAACGCCGAUCUAUUUCAAACGCAAAACUUGUAUUCUUGGGCAAAUAACGUAGAUGAUGAUGAUGCUGAUGUCAAAUUAUUACCACCACCGCCAAAGACGAACAAUAGUUAUGGUUGUAAUUCAAAACGUGAAGCUUUCGAUGUUGAUGUUAACAGUCAAGGAUAUCGUGUCGAUAUCGGUUUUUUGUAUUCUAGUCAGUUAAGUGUGACUGAAGAAGCAAAAGAAAGACAGGCAAUUAAUCGUCAUCUGCACGAAAACAAGGAAAAUAAGCAUAGACCAUCGGCAACAACUACUAUUUUGGAUAUUCUCCGAAACGAAUACGGUUUGCACAUCAAUAGACAUUCGACUGAGCGAAAGACUGUGUCAACGCAAGUUGAUCCAGUCCUCGACAGAGAAAAGAUUGAACAAUCGAUUCAAACCGAUCAACUCGAUCAACCCCUCAUUCCAUAUUUCAAGAAAUGUUUAACAUUUAAAUUAAAACCAAUGCCAGUCUCAAUCAUUUCCAAUUCUCAAUCGGAUUGUGAACCGACAUCUCCAUCAACACAUUGUUAUGAUGAAAUCACUGUUCGACGAGCCAUGCAUAAAUUACUAUCAUGUGAUAAUAGUAGUGAAACCUCGUCGCCCAUUGAUGAUGAUGUUCAUUCAUCAUCACUCAUCAUUCGUCCUCCAUUAUCAUUUAAAAAUAAUCAUGCUACAUUUUCAAGUGAGUUAUUGCUUGAAUGGUUAGCAUCUAACUGUGAUGGAAAAGCUCCCACUUCACAAAUAUUCCCUCAACAAAUCAAACCAUGUACAAAUUCGAAUAGUAAUGACAGCACAGAUGAUGCCGAACUGCAAAAGACUUUGAGUUCAGCGGCUUGUAUGAAUGAAUCCAAAUUAGCAGCAAUAUCAGAUCGAAAUCCAAUUGUUUCGCCGAUUUCAUCACCUUCGUCACAUCACCAAAAGAUCACUGAUGAUGUAUGUUCAUUAUUAUCAGAUCUGGUUAUUCAAGUCGAAGAAAGUUUCAAACCGUCUAAAAUAUCGUCGCCUUCCAUAACGAACAAGUCACUCUCAACGAUACCACCACCUCCCCCGCCUCCACCUUUCUUUGUUGAUGCCACAGCGUCGUUGAAUACAAGUGCAGUACCACCGCCACCACCCCCACCCCCACCAUUUCCAGAGUUUUUUGCACCACCAUCUUCAGUUCCAAGCUCAACCGGUCCACCACCACCGCCACCGCCGUUUCCCGGUUUUGGGGGACCACCACCACCUCCACCUGCUCCACCAUUUCCAGGUUUCGGUGGUCCGCCGCCACCUCCACCUCCACCAUUUCCAGGUUUCGGUGGUCCACCGCCACCUCCACCUCCACCUCCACCAUUUCCAGGCUUCGGUGGUCCACCACCACCUCCACCAUUACCCGGUUUGGGUGCAGUGUCGACGGGUCCUGGUGGUGGACCUCCUCCUCCACCUCCAAUGAUGCCUGCCUUCGGUGGUCCACCUCAGCUACCACAAUAUUUACGUAAGAAACAAAAAUAUGCUAUCACGGAAUCAGUUAAGAAAGUUCAAUGGAGUAAAAUCAAUCCUCAUACUAUCAAGAAAGAUUCGAUGUGGGUUCACGUCGACGAAGAAAAGUACAUCAGUGACGAACUAUUUUCGGACAUCCGAAAAAAUUUUGCGAGCAAAGUUGCACCAACUAGACAACCAAUACACGAUCUUGUCGACAAAUCAAAAGAACUACGUGUACUUGAUUCAAAAGCUGCACAAAACUUCGCUAUUAUGUUCAGUCAACUGAAAGCACCGCCAACAGUAUUUCGUGAAUGGAUGCUAUCGUGUGAUAAUGAAGCAUUAAAAGAUGAUUUUCUCAAACAACUCGAGAAGUAUCUCCCGACAGCUGAAGAACUAAAGACUUUAUCUGAGUUUAAAAAUGAAAUCAAUGAUUUGCAAUAUUCAGAACAAUAUAUUUGUGCAAUUGGUGAUAUUAAACGGUUGAAACAACGAUUGAAAACCCUUUUAUUCAAAGCUAGUUACAAGGAAACCGUGGAAGAAACAGAUAAAGCAUUCGUUGAAGUUCGAACAGCUUGUGAUCAUGUUCGACAUUCCCUACGGUUCAAGAAAAUGCUCGAAUUGAUUUUAACUGUUGGAAAUUAUAUGAAUUCCAGUGCGAAAUCAUACGAACCUAUCCACGGAUUUGACAUCAGUUUCUUGCCUAAACUUCAUUCGACCAAAGCCAAUGAUGGUCGUCGAUCGUUACUUCAUUUCAUUGUUCAAGCAAUCGAAGACAAACAUCGUGAUUUACUCUCGUUUGCCGAUGAAUUCUACGCAUUAGCGGAUGGAGUCUCAAAAAUUAAUAUCCUGGAAUUACAAAAACAACCGAAGGAUAUCAAUCGGGAAUUGAAAAACGCUCGAGAAGAAUUAAUUAUUGCAAAAAAUGUCGAUGAACAAAUUGAAGGAGAUAAAUUUGCCGAAUCAAUCGAAGAUUUUAUUACUCGAGCUGAUGACGAUGUGACACGAUUGGAACAAUUAGAUACAGAAAUGACUCACGCUUAUCAAGAUCUAUGCGAUUUCUUGGCGAUCGACCAAAAAAGUUAUUCACUCACUGAAUUUUUCACGGAUCUCAAAUCAUUCUGCUCGUUUUUUUCGACAUGCCUUCAAGAAGUACGUGCAUGGCGUGAACAGGCUGCAAGAGCUGCUAAAACUUCUCAAAAUUUAAUGUCUACUUCACAAUAUUUUGUCCGUACAUCUUCCCGCCGUUUUCCUGCGCGAUAUGAUUCUACCGAAGAUUUCCUCAUGGCAGCUGCUGAAAGUGGUUCAUCACCAACACGUGGUUCAUCUCCGUGUAUCGCAUAUCGGCGGCAGAAACAUCCAAUCCGUCGUCCGCUAUCACGCAUUGAAGACUUAAUUGAUAAACGCAAAACCAAUCGUGGCUUGACCCCAUUGAGCACACCAACCAAGCGGCGAUCUCAAUCGUAG